AUGGGUCAAGAGAAACGCCACAUCAGAGGUGAGAGCUGCGGCCGAGCUCUCAUCAGCUGGCGAAAGCUGCGAGAUGAGAUGCCACAAGCAUUCCGGCAUUUCUCCGUCAUGAGCCAGCCUGCAUCCAACAGUGAUGGGAUUUGCCUGCCAUGGGUCAUAAAGGAUCAGGCUAGGCAGUUCCCAUUGAGUGUGUGGAUGAGGGAUGCGCAUGGGCCUGCAUUCACAUCAGAUACGGUCAAGACCCUCUUCAUGGGGCAUCAGGUUCAAUCGAGCAUCAUGCCUAAGAUGACAUCAGCAUUACAGCUGACUGACACAGAUUUCUCACAUGCCUUUAAGGCAUCAGUGAGAAGAGCCAUCGAUGAGCAGAGCAUGAGGCAGGCGGCUCGCCGGAAUGAGGAGGAUGGCCACCAUGAGCAGCAGUUCCCGAAGAUGGGCAUCAAGGAAAUGGCAUUGGCCAUCGACGCUGCCAUGGAGCACAUGAUCCAGAUGAAUGAGAAGACGGAAUGGGUCUUGGCUGGGCUCCGCCGCAAUGGGUUCUUGGCCAUGAGACCUGAUGAGCAUGGCAAGAUGAGGAAGUGCGAUCACGAGGCAUGGGCCAAGGACAAGCCAUUGGGGUGCAAGAGGAUCCAUCCGACAUGGGUCGCCAAUCGGUUCCAGCAUGAGAACAAUGGAGACAUUGAGAAACCCAAUUGGGCUCGCAUUGAGGGAGCCACUGAGUUGAGUGACCUGGCCCAUUGGCACUACAACGAUGGGUUCAAGGAUGCCCCAAGCUGGGAAGACAUCCCAUUUGAUGACCAUUCCGAGCCUGAAUGGCAGAUGUGCGCCCAGUUCCAGCUGCCAUUAGACCUGAGAAGGGCCAUGCUGGCAAGAGAGGCGACCAUGAGCGAUCAAGCCAAGGCAAAGAGGGAGAAGAGAAGAGAGAAGAAUAAGACCAAGCGGCAGAAGAAGCAACAGGAGCAUCAGCUCACGGAUGAGGUCCGGGAGGAGCUGAGAGCAAGCAUGAAGGAAAACUCCAGGUAUGCAGCCAUGAGGGAUCUGCCAGCAUCGGCCUCCAAGAGAGGCACGCCGAAGGCCCAGGCCAAGCCCAAAGCCAAGGCCAAGGGCAUGAGCUUGGGCAAGGUGGGCAAGAUGGCCAAAAAGCAGCAUAAGAAGCAGCUCAAGAAAGACUCAUUGAGCAAAGCGGUGGAUGAGCUCCCUGAGCCGCCAUUGCCUCCGCCACCCGGCCCACCAGCUAUGAGUGCUGACACUGGCGAGCAUGACAUGACCAAGGGCACAUGGAGGAUAGUCAAUGAGGACGCUGGCAUUUCGCUGUAUGGGCGGCAUGGGUCCAUUCUGGGUGUCGGCCGCCAGAACUGCCACAUGCUGCUGGAGAAGGACCAUUUCUUCCCCAAGCAGCAGAAGGCAUGGGUCAGCAAGAGCCAUUGUGAGCGAUUGCCAGAGGGUGAGCAUAAGGUGUGGAAGUGGGCCCAGAUGAGCUUCUACAAGGCCUGGAAGCAGGAAAUGCUGCUUGACAUGGGGCUCUUGAGCCAGGACCUGGAUCAGCUGGAUGGGCUUGAGCAGGUUCACAUCCUCCCAUACCCAGCCAUUCAGGCCGGCGGCAUAGAGCUGCAACAUCUGCAUUUGGGCUGGCGAGUCCUGCUUUGGCACAUGCUCCAGAGCUCAAUGCCCUGCAAGAGCAUGGGCUUCAUUAGUCCUGGAUGGACACGGCCACUAUAUCUUCAUCAUGACAAUGCCAAAGUGGAUGUGGAUGCAUUCAUUGAGUGCAUCAAAAAGCAGAUGAGUGCUCAUACAUUGAACUUCCUCCCCGUGGGGUACUAUGACUCCCUGCCGGAUGAGUCCCAGCGAUGCAGGGACUACGCUGAGAAAAUCUUGGCAUCCCUGCUCUCCAUGGGCCUGCUGCAUGAGGCAGUGCUGCCUCCUCGCAGCAACAAGGUCUUCCAGGGAGUCGAUGAGUGCGGAUUCCAUGUUCUGGCUGCCAUGGAGCAAGAGGCCGCAAAAGCCAUGGGGUUUGGAAAGGCCAGCACUGGGUGGCCUUCGCAUUCAGCGAAGAAGUGGCAUGAGCGGCUGCAUAAGGUCACAAAUGCUCUCCGCACUGAGCAGACCAAGCGACUGGAUGAGCUGAACCAGCAUAAGAAGAAGGAGGAGGCCUUGGGAAUCAAGAUACUCGGACCUUUAGUACUUAGGAUGAGAAAAGAGCGAGAGCACAUGGCGGCCAUGGCUGAGAAGCGCAUGAGCAAAGGCCUUGAGCUGACUCAGCUUCAGAAGAUGGCCCAUGAGGUCAUUAGCCAAGGCAAAGUCCUUGAGAUCGAGGACAUGCGUCAGGCAUACUGGGAUGAGAGAAAUCGAAUCGAACUCCAUGAGAUUGGAGUCUGCAGCCGCUGCCGGCAUGCCUCAGGCUGCCUGAGCUGCGAUGAGGGUAAGCUCCUCGCAUACUGGAUGAGGAAGGAAGCCCGCAGAUUGGGCAGGAACAUUGCCCCUAAGUACAAACUCAGCUCUGCUGGACAUGCGCUGGUCUAA